CCCAGACCUCCCUGGUGCUCAGGGCCUCUCGCUGCUAUGCAUUUUUUAUGUUCUUGCCAUUUUCAUGUGAGUAAUUUCAUCAAGGAUGAGCAAGAAGAUGUACCCAUGACCACCUGAACAAGGUUCCACUCGGCGUUAUUAGGUAACCUCUAGCUGUGCGGAUUUAGGGGCCGUCCUACGCAGUCAUGACCUUGUUCAACUUGGCGGUGAAGGAUCCACGGAUCACGAAGUAGUCGGCUCCUGUGCCCACUAGAGCGGCGACAUUGUGCACGCCGAGAAGCACGUCGAGCAGCAGGACGACGACCCCGUUGAAGACGAUCCUAUGACACUGUGACGAGUGGGGUGUUUGGCAGGACGAGAGGACGAGGAGGAAAAGGAAGAGUGUGCGGUGGUGUGCGGCGGGCGGCACGCGAGAAGCGCGAGCUGUGGUUUGGAAUUGGCCAGCUCGGCAAAAAGGUCACGGGAAGGCGACGGCCUGGUGGGACCUGCUCCAGAAGCAAUUGCGUCGGACAGCCGGGGCAGCACAAGCGCGAGCGGCUAACGCUUCGCUCGGGUAACCGUCCGAGGCUACUGGGGACCGGGGAACGACUCCGGCGGCUAACGGUCAGCACUGGUGGCCGUGCCUGGAUGCCGGCGCCGAAACCGAACGGUGCUGCAGUUAGCGUAGCCGCCAGCGGUGCUUCCGGUCCUGUUACGCUGGCAGGAAACAGCAGAGCUUGCCGCCAACGGGCCUGUCACGCUCCUCGAGCCCAGGAGCGUCUUCUUCGCCCUCUUUCCCGGUGCCACGGCCUCACAACUCCACUAGAUGACACGGCUGCGGGCAUUCGGAGUACCGGGAGGAUGCCGCCUUGGUUCAGCGCGUGAAUUAGUCGCCCGUCAGUCAACGUCGACGGACGAUUGUGACCUUGGUCCGACGAGAGACACGCCAGCCGCGAAGCAGAGCGCCUUGGCGCGUUCCCGGCGCGCGCUGCGACCUCGGCCACUCGCAUUCCGGAAGCUGAGUGUGCCGCAUCGCAACUGGCCGCCCAAGACACUGCGGGGCCGGACCGGAAUGCAGGGCGCCGCUCGCCAGUGGGACGGCGCUCGUCAGGUACACGUGCAACGCGGGCGUGGCCAUUCCGCUGCAGCGGAUCGUGAGGUCGGAAUGCAGGCACCCGACAGCUUCUGUGAACGUUGGCAAGACCACGGAGGGCUCAAGGUAGAGAGGAAGCUUGGGGAUCCACGGCACAACAAGGACACCUGUGAAGGAUUUCUAUAAGCAAGUCUCCCCAUGCAGUUCAUGGAAUCUUCGGUCUAGACUCGCACAACGAUGCGCCUUCAUUUUCUGAGGUCGAAGCAAACGGAUGAUGUGCGAUAAGGAUGCCUCCAGUGCAGCUUUGGAUUUGGCUACGACAACAACGACUUGCGUAACCUUCGCUAGAACGGCAACAAUGCAAGAGAGCAUCGCAUCAAUCUUCGUGCUGCGUGCUGCUCAGCUUAUUUCGCACCGAGACUGGUGACGCAGGUGGCGCCACCUCUAGUGCCCGUUCUCGAGAUAAUUUUGCUGUACUGUCAAGCAACGUUUUUUUAUCUCGUAGACCUUUUCCGAUAGCGCAGUUUACUGCCGUCUGACGCUUUAGCCUACAUUCGGCCACUAACGUCCGCAGGCGCACCUUCAACGGCCUGUGCAUUCUCGACGCUCUAGGCAGGAAGGCUAAAAGGGAUUUCACUCAAAUGGGAUUAGAAUUUCGUAGAAAACAAAAUUCCACUUUGAGUGCUUUGCUACAUGAAUUGUAGGCUCCCACAGGAAAACGCUAAGCGAGACACUAAAGUCAAGCUAAGUUCGAGCACUUACGACGACAACUUUCGUGCUUGGCUAACAGUUUGACAGCUGCCACAUCGUGUUUUCUAAAAGUGCUUUCCUUUCUAGCCUAGCUGCAAAUAUUUUCAACUCUAACAAUAGCGGUGCAGAUUUAUUUGUAUGUGGGUCCGAGGGAGCAAAGUGGAUUAGUCGUCGAGAUAAAAGACAAGACAAGGCCCUCUCUUGAAAGCUUUGCGACAGAGCUCCACCGUUCAGCUGGUCGUUUGGUCACAGUAUAACGUGUUUGUCCUAUUGUAGGCAUCACUGAACGCAGUUUCUAAGACCGUAGGUUGAACGGCUACGUUAAUUUUGAAUACUGACAAAGAAGCAACCCCCUAAUGGUCUUUCGCGUAAGCAUGUUUGAUUUAGUUGAGCUUAGUGAUGCGGCUCUUGCGCUGUCACUCCUCGCGGACACGGAACCGAGGACAGCGUCAUUUGCCGACCUCUGAAUCCAGCGAAGACGUUUUCUGGAAACUUCAGCGCAGCUGCAAGAAGCGGAAGCCAUCACUGCCGGUACCUACGCGACCCGUGGUCGUUCGGCGGUGAUUGUGUUGCGGCAGUGCAUUUGCCUCCAUCGCCCAGCGCUGAACCUGUGUGCUAUUUUGUGCGGGGAACACUGAGGCUCUUGGGAGUGUCCGAGCAGGCGAAUGCAUCGCUUCGGCCGUAACGCGAGUCGCAGGCGAGUACGCCGCCCGCCCGGUGAGCCGUCGCCGCUGAGGCCGUGAUGGAGGCAUGGCGGUCCGCAUAGGCGCCCUGUGUUGGCCAUGCGAGCCGCGCGCAACCGGACUGUCAACGACAUCGGCGGUGGGCUCGAUACGAUCGGGACCAGCUCCGUCGCCGCCACCGUGAUGGCCAGCACCGAGUGGCAGUCGACUACGAUGCCCACUCCUCCGUUACUGGGGCGCGACCUGCGCAUCCCGAGGCCCACAGUGUCCCUGGAUGCCCGGCCCGUGCUGAUUCCCAUUCUGUCGUCGGUGAUCUGCUUCCCGAUCGUGGCUCUGGCUGUGAUCUGUGCGCUGCGCUACCGGGCACUGAGACUGCGCCGUAAGGAGCACAUGAAAAGGCUUCGUGGAGGAGGGAUGCGGGCGGCACGCCUGGAGAUCCCGGGUCGUGGGGGCGAGAGGCCUUCCUUCUUCUCGCGUGACUCUUCGUCCGGCGACACGAGCUCCCGGCCUCCCAACAACAUCGAGGAAGACCCGCGAACGACGGGACCCGCAGCCUCAUCUUCGUCAUCUUCAUCGGGAGAGAACUACGAGGACGAGCUGGACUUCGCCAAAGAAUUGGCGUCCAGCAAGCGAAAGUCCCUCGCCGGGGGCAGUUCCCGUCGCAGCAGCCGCGUCACUUUUGGCGCCACCGCCGCCAUCUUGCAAGUUCCCGGCAUUCCCAGCCCUCGCUCAGGCUCGCCGCGCUCCGGUUCGCGCUCAACGUCUCCUCGCUCGUGUUCACCGCGCUCUGGCUCGGUCAGCUUCUUCGCCGAGCCCAGCUUCAUCCAGGACGUGGUGAACGACUACGACGACGACGCGGAUGACGAGGACGACCUGGAGGCCACCGACUGCGGAGUGGACGCUAGGUAGCCGCGGCGAGGCGGCGGCGACUCGACCGCCGCCUGCUUGGUGGUGCUGCCGCGUUCGGGGUCGUCACGUAUUGGAGUUGCUCUGGCGUCCGGCACCGCGAUGCUAGAGACGCUGCUUUGAGCAUUUCUCUCAGGAUGAGGGCGCCGACUCGCACCGCAAAGAAAUUGAUCUGCGACCACCGCUGAACUUAAUGGGCAACGCCAUAAACACAUUCAGAAACAGUAACCCUGGGGCGAGCGCCAAAUCAUAUACAAAAUAUGGAAUACAAUCAUAAUCAUUUUAAUACGCUAGGCAAGACUUCGAGAGCAGUUGAGGUGCCAGCCAAGCGGCUCACUUUACAGGUAAUGAUGUGUUUGUAGGAGUGAUACGCUUGUCUCGUCUGCCUGUUAAAGGAACAGAACAAAAUGCAAAAAGGUGUCAACAUGAAAUUUAGAGAUACAAACAGAAUUUCUUCUUUCAAACAGAAGAAGCGCAGUAAUGCUUUAAUAAACAAAAAGGCAUUUCAAUGUCUGGAAACAUUUGUGUAGCUGGCAGUGCACUGCCAAGUAGCUUGGGGUACAAUUUUCGGCUGCUGAACGUUAUGUACGACUUAAGGAUACGGGAAAAAAUAGUAACGCAUCGCUGUGAGUUGGUAUGGCCAUUUGCACGUGACCGUCAAAUGACGGUUCCGUGGAAAACAUGAGCAAUAAAAGGAACAAUCGAUACUCCACUCCCUCCGCUGUACGAAAAGUUAAAAUCUCAAAUUAACCACAUUGAAAAAGUCACUCAACCUCUCAAAGAAGAACGUUGUAGUCUAGGCAGAAUUCUUUUUGUUUUACCUGUGGUGUUGCAAGUACUGUUGUUGGCGUGCAAUAAGGUUGAAAGAACUGUCCUUAUCUGCGUAAGAUUGAAAAUUGAAGGUUUCAGAACCAAUGCACCUGUCUUCAAGUAUAUGUGCGGGUGCCGACAAAAGCGGUAUACUUCACACAGAUUGCUACUGCAGCGGCGUCGCUCGGCAUUUUGUCGAGCUGAAGCACGAAACAUUGACACGAGUCAAGCGACAUGCUUGCAGAUAAUAAAGGGCGCCCAUUGGCUGUCUCGAUCCCCGAUGCUGCCUGUAGAUGGCGUUGCGAUGCAGUUUGCCGUUGCUCCGGCUCCCGCUGCGUGGAAUAUACCACAUUUGUCGGCGCCUGUACUUGAUUACUCUGACGAAACUGUAAGGCGAUCCAAAUAAGGUCAGUCGCAAUUUUUGUGUUUUACUACUAAUGCUGCAGUACGAGUAACUGAAUUUGUUGCAAAACAUAGGUUGUUUAAGAAGACGCAAAGCGUGUGCGAGACGGUGCCCUAUUUCCUACACAAAAGGCACGAGUAAAAUAAAUUGCACUGUCGUAGGAGCAUCACCAGUCACACGCGAUAUCGUAGAUAAGCAGGGCGAGAUAACGCAGAACUGAAGUCAUAAAGUAGAACUGCAAUUAUACUCAUGAAGGUAUUUAAUGCAAAGGCCUAUGGGCCAGACAAUGAAAUCUUCCUUACCUCAGUAAGGAAGCCUUCAUUGCAGUGAGGCUACCUUAUGUCACUCUGAAAGGUUCCUUACUGAGGCGCCCUCGGUGAAGGCUUCCUUGGUGCUUCCUUGGUACUUCCUCAGCAUAAGAAGCCAAACAAUGAAAUCUUCCUUACCUCACUAAGGAAGCCUUCAUUGGGGUGAGGCUACCUUAUGUCACUCUGAAAGCUUCCUUACUGAGGGGCCCUCGGUGAAGGCUUCCUUGGUGCUUCCUCAGCAUAAGGUAGCUCCAAAGCUACCUUCAUGCGUCCUUACGCCGCUCCUGUCCCUGAACGAGCGCUUCACCUCACUGCUUAACCACGUGGCAUUCGCUUGCGCAUGCGCACUGUCGCCCACUUGCGGAGAAGCGCGAGCACGGUACGUCUUGCCAGGCAUGUUCGUUUCAGUCACGCGUGCGGCAUGCAAGCAUUGCUAGGCGUCACUAGGCGUUGCAAGACGCCGGCGUGCCAGCGUUGCUGGAGCACAUCAAGUUUUGCACUGUAAUGCGCAACUUUUUUUUAACUUUAGCAAACGAAACUAGAAGAAAGCGUCCACGCUUCUCUAUAUUAGCUAUUCAACUUAAAGAUUGUGCGACGAUACAACAUUUUUUAAUAGAAUAAUGGUGUUCGCGGAAAGAUUUGAAGAGAUAAUCUCGAACCCAGGCACGCGGCAACCGCUCCUUAGGUGAGGACGGGUGAAGGGAGCUUUCAGAGUACGCUUGCUUCCUCCAUCGGUCCUUCGCUGUAAGGAGGCCUCACGUAAGGUUAGGAAGCGCUCGAAGGAAAGGAACUAGGGGUGUGCGAAUAUUCGGAAUUUCGAAUACGAAUCGAAUAUUUUCCGUAUUCGUAGCGUAUUCGAUUCGAGAAAUGCAUGUUCGGAAAUUCACGAAUAUCCUAGGACGGCCGAAUAACGGUGGAAACGGCGAAUAUUCGGAUAGACUGCGAAUAAUUGAGCAAUUAACCAAUUGUAUGCUUGCUCCGCAUUCUCCUAAGAACAUGUUUAUUAACUGAGAACUUCGCAUGAUCCGCUCAUUAUCUGUAUGCUCUGUUUCAGUCUAUCUGCUUCAGGCAUUUGAGACAUGAUCAGUUUCGGUUUCUUUUUCACCAAGCUUUAUAAUUCCAAUUAUUUUGGAAUGCCCCAUUGCUUUGAAGGUUGCAAAGGCAACUCAGGGUUGCCUUUGCAACCCUGAGUUGCCAUUAUCUGCAUGCUCUGUUUCAGUCUAUCUGCUUCAGGCAUUUGAGACAUGAUCAGUUUCGGUUUCUUUUUCACCAAGCUUUAUAAUUCCAAUUAUUUUUGGAAUGCCCCAUCGCCUUGAAGGUUGCAAAGGCAACUCAGGGUUUGCUAGCAUUGAUUCAAAAUGUAUCAAGGCUCUUUGUGCGGAGUGGAAAUUUGAUGAAGUAGCCAGCCUAGGCAUGUUUCUUGAUCCGCGCUUUAUGGCCACAGUUCAUCAGGCAUCUGGUCAGACGAUCUGGCUGAAAAACCUUGUGACAACGGAGCUCCAGGAAGCCGUCGUGGAACACCAUCGGGACACCGCCGUGCCAGCGUCGACUUCGUGUCCACUGGUGGCCUCGAGUGUAUGGAAUGCUUUUGACGAUCUAGUGAUGAACAAAGAGAAGACACAUUUGGCAUCUGCCCCUGAGAGGGAAGUUACAGACUACGCGCAAAAGCCUCUUCUGGAAAGGGGCAUGAAUCCUUGUGAGUGGUGGCAGUCCAUUGGCCGCUUCAGGUACCCGCUUUUAAGUGCACUCGCCCGGAAGUACUUGGCGAUCCUUGCCACUUCAGUUCCUAGUGAAAGAGUCUUUUCUACCGGUAGAAAUGUGACAGUGCAUAGAGAGCGUUUGCUUUCUGGCCAUAUUGAGCAGUUAAUUUUCCUUCACGACAAUCUGUAACAAGCGUUUUACCUGACUGAGGGCAUUACCUGAGUCCAUUAUCUAUAAUUGAGUACCUCUUUAAUUUGAAGCAACCUUGUAAAAUGCAAUGUUAUUUUUAAAAGGGUAAUAAAGCUAUUGUUACCUCUCUUGCAAUUUUUUAAUACUACACAUGUAUUCGAUAUUCGAUUCGAUAUUCGAAGAGAGUUCUUCGCCUUAUUCGUAUUCGAUUCGUAAUCGAAAAUUUCAAUAUUCGCACACCCCUAAAAGGAACGUUUUAUUGUUUGGGCCAAGCUACCUUCAUGCGUCCUUACGCCGCUCCUGGCCCUGAACGAGCGCUUCGCCUCACUGCUUAACCACGUGACGUUUGCUUGCGCGUGCGUGCUGUCGCCCACCUUCGGAGAAGCGCGAGCACGGAACGUUUUGCCAGGCACGUUCGUUUCAGUCACGCGUGCGGCAUGGAAGCGUUGCUAGGCGUUGCACGACGCCGGCGUGCCAGCGUUGCUGGAGCACAUCAAGUUUCGCACUGUAAUGCACUGCCUCUUUAGAUUUAGUAAACAAAACUGAAAAAUAGCGUCCACGCUUCUCUAUAUUAGCUCAUCAACUUAAAUAUUGUGCGACGAUAGAAUCUUUUUUAUUGAAUAGUGGUGUUCUGGUGUUCGCCUAAAUCUUUUAAGAGAUAAUCUCGAACCCAGGCAUGGCGGCAACCGCUCCUUACGUGAGGACGGGUGAAGGGAGCUUUCAGAGUAUGCUUGCUUCCUCCAUCGGUCCUUCGCUGUAAGGAGGCCUCACGUAAGGUUAGGAAGCGCUCGAAGGAAAGGAACGUUUCAUUGUUUGGGCCUAUGUCUACUGAUCGAUGAGUGUUCCUAUUUACAGCCUACGACAAGCUGGCGCUAAAAUUGCUACCGUCAAGAACAUUCUUUUUGGAUAAAAACUUUGGUUAGUAUGUGCUCUGUAUAUGAAUUUACACUUCGUUCUUUAGGGACAAUUAACAACCCAAACAAAAUUUUGGUCGCAUAAAUCAUACAUCACACGCAUACAAAUAAAGUACAACGUUAAUUGUAGGCUUGACUCAAUUUACAGCCAUUACUAGCAUUAAAUCAUAGGUAUUGGGAGGCGGCAGUUCCGAACUUUCUUUCAGAAAGCGCAGCAAUAUUCGAAUGCCUCAUAUGCAGUAUUUUUUUUUAUUGGAUGUUUUACUCUUCUCGAUGCAGUUUAGGAACCUUUCUCACUACGGUGUUUAGGUCCUGCUUAUGCCGGGGACAUAGUAUUUCAUGGAAAUAUUUCGUUUGAUAAAACAUAUAAUACGAAUGAUAUUUCAUCAUCGUUUUUUGUUACACUCAUAGGUUCUGAUGACACGGUAAUAUCUAUCGUUUUUCAUUUCAAAAUAACUGAAAUGACCUCCGCCAUCUUUUCAUUGGGAAAGCGAAAUUCAAUAAGCCCUAAGUAGUCACAGUGCCUUCCAAUAUUGGCUGUCGAUAUAAAACAGCUGCGCUAUAUUUGAUCAGGAGCACAUCACAUACAAGCCCUGAUUUAUAAGCAAAGCUGUGCGACGAUCUAUCCUUGAAAUCGAUAGGAAGCAGGUAAACACGAUGGUUGGCACCUUUGCCACCGGAAAGUAAACAAAUGCGAACGCAGAGACAGAAUAAUGGUCUUGACAAGUUGGUUCGUGGUCGCGAUACUAAGUAAUAGCUCGUGCUUAGAGUUGAUAAUAUAAGACUUUCACGAAGCAAGCAGUAAUACCUUCUUGUCGCAAGAUUCAAUACUAUAGGUCUUGUGCGGGGCUAGUAGUCAUUUUGCUGCCGAAUAAUAACCACAGUUUUUAUGGUCUAAAUCUGGGUAGUUGCUAUAUGCACCUGCUUAAGCACCAUAUAGUAGAGGUGAAUCACUCGUCGCAGUUGAAAGCCACCGUGGUUUUUGUGAUGUUUGCAUUCUCUCGGUAUGGUUUGUACUGUGCAGUAAACAAUAUGCAUUAGUGUGGUUGCUCCGGUCAGUAUUUUGAUUAUACUGUUUCUUCCAUCGUGUUGUGGAGAUCUUGGCGUUUUUUCCAGUGUUCUGUCUGUGCUUGUUAUUAUAUCGCCUGUCCAAUGUUCUAUCAUUAGGUUUUCUUUUAAGCUUUGCUUCCUUGCUGUUCGCGAAACACGCUAUACCAAGCUUUUAUAUGAUUAUGUGUUUCUUAAGCACAAUUGUUACUCAUGCGGUGUCUCUUGUGCAUGAAACAGUCUAAAUCAUUUGUGGGUUCUUACAUGUGAAUUGCUAGCUUGUAUAACAUUAGUAUUCACUGCUUUAUUAUGACCCACUUCUGCUAGUUCUCGCUUUUUUUGUGUGUAAUCGGUUAAUGUCAUCGAAAAUUUGUACUGUCCAAGGAGACAAUACGUACAGUUUUAACCCAAUGACCUGUGCAUUACGUGUUUUGUGAGAGCCGUUUUCCGUAAAUGUUCUGCCGUGAAGCUCACCUUCAUUUUCGUUGAGGCACUGACACUUGGCUCAUGGUAAGAGAAGUGUAGCUGUAUAAGAGUGUGUCACCUGAAUUCAUGACCCUGUUUGUGCUAGAGUUGUCUGAGGGCGAUUGUUUAGCCACAACCACGGACCGGCGCCCGAACACUGCUCGUGCCUUCCCAUUAAGAUUUCCAUCGCUUCAAAAUAAAACCCUCGUACUUUAGAGUGGCAGGUCCGGUUCACCAUAGCAGAGCCAAAGGCUUUGGGAUAACUCUCCUAUUCCUUGUUGGGAUCACUCACUGUCACGUCAUACGAAAUUGUGCAAACAUUGUAGUUCGUGGUGAGACAAGAACAAAGAAAUGCUGUGCUUAGAAAACGCCACGGGAGGACCAAUCCUUGAGAGGGUGCUGGCGCGUAGACCUGGUUAUAUUGUCGGAUAGGCCAAGGAACGACGUGUCUACCUUCUUGAAAGAACAACGCUACAUGAGAGAAUUUUCGAAAGGUAAUAAAUGUUGCCUUCGUUGAAAAAGGAAGCAAUGACUUCACCAAAAAAAUCAGCAGAAUAAAUUCCCAGCAAGCAGAGUGGUGCGCGUUGAGCUUCAGCGUAUUAUGAAUGAUUUUGUGGAAAGACCACAUCAUUUUUUUCGAAAAUGUACGCAUUUAUUUCAAGGGUCUUCCUAUGUGAAGCGUGGAUUGACAGGGCUGGCGUGACACCGCUAAAAGUGGCUGAAAUACUUGCUUUUUCUAAGGGUGCUUGCGCUGCAAAACUUGAAACUAUAGCAGAGACAGCAACUGCACGUACUCUCGUCAGAGCACAAUAAUUUAAGAUAAUUCAUUUUAUCACGCAAUAUUAGAUGCAGUGUCAGAUACUCUAGGUAAUCUCAGUACAGUACACUAAAUACAUAGACGAAUAAAGACGUGUGUACAUAUGCAUACAACAUAAAUGCAUGCAUCCAAUCGCCGUUACCUGCGUAGAGGAAAUAACUGCGGACUGAUAACACACAGCAUACAGCAUUGAUCUCUGUGGCUGUCAGUUGUUCACAUAAAAUGGAUAUACCUGUAUAUGGACUAUCACAUGUUCAAAUACCUAGAAAAAAAAUAAACUAUUGAAAGCGCAACCUAUUUUACCCAUGAGUUUUGUUUCCUACACAACACCAGCAGAGUUUUAAAUCCGAAUAGCAGCUAGUCUGCGGCAAAAAACUGUUAAAAGGGGAUAUUUCAAAGGUGUAUUCUGAGCAAGCCAGUUGAGGUGGGGCUGAUACUAUCAGGUGAACUAGGUAUAAUAACGCUACUUUAUUUAGAAGCCUUGCUGCACACGGCAGCUGUGAGACCGCAGUUAUCCCUGCGGUAGUGAUUUCAAGAACUUUGUCGUAAAAUAGCUAUAACAAUGGAAUUUCUCAGAAGUGGUGACCUCCACGCGAAACAGUUUUCUUGCGAAAACUUACAGUAGCGUAGCGCUUUAGGUAAAAAAAUAUUAGUGUAUAUUACAUUAAACACUUUCAAAGGCAAAACCCUUUGAUUAAUUUCCCAGCAGAGCAGCCAUUUCGUCUACGGUCGUUAAUCUGAGGAUUACGGCAAAUGAUUAUAGGGCUAUAUUAGCUACGUGGACAUAAUUAGAACUUGAGGCAUUCAUCGUUAUCUUUUUGUAAACUGACGACCCAAAAGUUGAAAGUAGCUUAUUGCUGAUUAGUGUACAUAGCGCUAGGAUUAUUUCUCACAUUGACUCGGCAAGGCAUAACGACAUGGUGAACAAGGUCCACAAGCAAAGUAUUGCUCUUUCUCAUCAAUACCUAAUGAAUUUACGACUGGCAGGAAGCGUUUGUAUUUCAUUGUUCAAUCAAAGCUAUGCAAUCACUUGUCAUAAAUAUACUAACGCUUGAAGGGAUUAGGACAUUCCCAAAGGUAAUGUUGUAGUUCAACUGCUGUUAUUCUUGUACAUCCUUCAUUUUAAUUGCUGUUAUUCUUGUACAUCCUUCAUUUUAAGCAAUUUUAUAUGCCGGCCCUGUUAAAACCUGUCACACAGGGUGGGCGGAUUGUCUGUGAAUCUAUGCUGCUCUAUGAAUAAACAUCAAACAUUGGGCUUCAAACAGUUGACCAUUCUCCAUUAGAUUGCACGCAAUGAAGGCACACUUAAUGUGCUAUUGAACUGUAAUAAUGACGAAAAUUAAAAAAAAAUGGUACAACAGGUAUUUUUACGAAACAACUGUUUUCAGCACUUGCCGACAUUUCGUGUGCGUAGGCAUGGUCACAACAUUGCCCAGUGGGAACGUAGGAAGCGGUAGCAUUCAUACUGAAAAAAAAGCGUUGAAUAGAGAUACCAACCCAGUAGUUGACCUAAAGAUUUGUGAACUUGUUAAUAAUAAAAUUGUUCAAGUUCUACUUACCACUUAGAGCGCUAACGACGAAUGUGGCCAGGAGCCAGAAGCAACUUGAAGAGGUGUUUCAUUGCUAAAAGGUAGCCUGACUUUACGGUGCGCCUUUAUAAUUCCCAAUGAAGUACCCCUUUAAAAGUAUGGGUAGAAAUACCAAAAAUCCGAACCUUCUGGCAAAUAAAUGUUUCAAUGCGUAUGAACGUGAACGGAUCUUUCAAGAAGAGCUCCAGAUAACAUCAAAAUCAAUAUUUUCUAGUUCAUGUCAAGUCCAAGGAACCCAAUUAUGCCUCUCGUGUGGUAUAAACCUAAAACCCACAAAGUGUUGCUGCUUAUUCCAUAAAUGUUAAUAUAGUUGUAGCAAUUGCUCCUCUUGUCGGCGAUUAAAAUUGGCGGGCCUUCCGGCGAAGUCCCCAAACGUUACCAGUAUUCGGUGCUGUAAUGGUACUAGACGACGAUUGCAUCUCACUACUUAAACAUAUCGCCAUAAAUAACCUAUCAUUGGCAUAUUUGAAAAUUUCUCAAUGCGACGAUGUUCAGAGGUUUCCUUUAUUUCUGCACUAAGCAAUAAAGACUAGGUGUCACUAAAAUUCACGACUUUUCGAGCAUGACAAGGAUGCAUAUAAAAUAAGUGCACGAGAAAAGUAAGGUUGCGCCUGUUCCGGCGCUGAACGAUAUAGAAAACGAAUGCAAAAGUGAAGACGCCUGGUUUUUGGUGGGAGUUUUACGCAUGGCUUCCAAGUAUAUCUGUUCGAGAGUGUUUUAGCGUUUGGUAUAGCUUGAAGUGUACUGUUUGCAGGUAGGACGACAUCUUAAACGGUAGUCGCUGCCAAUUGCAUUUUACUCCCAUCUUACUCGUCUGUGUGGACGUAAUUCAACCUGUGAAGUGGUUUUAUUAUGCGCGUUGUUUUCACAUGAACAGACAUUUGUACCGACCAUGGAGUGUUGCCUUACAUAUUCAUUCACUUACAACUGCGGAUAUUCUUCAAAUAAAAGUGUUGUU